GUUAUGCAUUUUGGAAAAUACAGAGAUGUAGCAGAAUGUGGGCCUCAUCAAGAAAUAGAUUUAAAUCCUAAACAAAUUGUAACUGCAGAUAGACAGACUUUUUACUGUGUUCCAGUGCCAGGAGAAUCAGCGUGGGUGAAAGAAGCUUAUAAUAGUGCAAGUCAAGCUCGAGUUUGUCCAUCAACAUCAUACACACCAAGUCGCCAUAAGAGAAGUUAUGAGGAUGAUGAAGACAUGGAGUUGCAUCCAUCGAAACAAAGAGAACAGCACAUCGGUAUCAGCUGAGAUAAUGUUGUCUUUCUCCUGAAAGUUACUUAUUUUUCAGAAUUACUAUUAUGGUGUAUCCAUUUGUAUUGAAGUGAUUUAAUUGAAGUGAAUUCUUGUUGACUUAGAAUAGACUCAGAAUAGAUUUAGAAUAUGAUUUUAUAUACCGUUAUCUGGUUUUUGAAAUAAUUAGAUGAGUUCAGGUAUAGUUGCAAAGAGAGCAAAUUUCUGAAUGUACCACUGGUCUGAUGUGUUAUCCAUGGGUCAGUUUGUAUCUACAGAUAUAUUAUUUACAGACCAGUAUUUGCAAAUACUAUAUUCUUGAAAAUCAAGAAUGUUUCUGAUUUAUAGAAAGAGCAAGAGCAAACUCAUGGAGAGAUGAUACAUUUAAUUGUUAACCAUGAAAAUAAAUAGGACAAUAUAUAACUGAAUGCCAGUUGCGGCAGAAAAAUAAUGAAGGGGGUUAUGAACUUCAUGAUUCUCUUUAUUUGGCUCAGUUAUUGAAAAAAAUAUGUGCUGAAUUAAAUCAGAGGUGGGCCAUUUGCAGAGUCAUCUAUAUUUUUGUACUUCUAACAUAGUUUUUAAAACACCAUAUAUAGGGAGUCCAGAAAUAAGCACUCUUAUUCCAGCCAACUAAUACAGAUGUUAAGGUCAGGGAGAAAAAAAGUGUACAAAACAAAUAAAAUAACAGUUUUCCCUUUGUUUUGUUUCUACACAUUUCCAUUUCUUUUCCUACCCUUCAUAGUAUUCUGAAGAGAGUACUCAUUUCCUUGGUUUCAUCUAGGACUUAGUACUCCUUUUGUAAAUUAAAAUACUUUUGGGGAAUUGCUGUUCUGAAAAGAAUCUAAGCUCCAGUGUUUGCAACAUGCACUUGUGACUCAGCAUGAUGUAAUUUUUUUUUUUUCAAAAAGCAGCAAUAAAUAUUAAUCUCAAACGAUGAGUUUUAAGGUAGUGGAAACUGUUG